AUGUCUCUCAUGAAAGCAUUCUCCGUCUCGAUAACAUCAUCACCCAUGGAAUAUCCUUCCGUGGCCUACUUUGUGAACUGGGCAAUUUACGGUCACCGCUAUGACCCUCAGGAUCCCCCGAUCGACAACCUCACCCACAUUCUCUAUGCCUUUGCCAAUGUGCGACCGGAAACGGGCGGAGUCUACCUAUCUGACCGCUAUGUGGACAUAGAGAAACAUUACGCCACCAAUUCAUGGUCCGAUUCAGGCAACAACUUCUACGGCUGUAGCAAGCAGCUCUACCUUCUGAAGCAACGGAAUCGAAGCCUGAAGCCAGCAAGCACGGAUAACGGCGUCAAGCUGCUCCAAGACCUAGGACUGGACGGUUUAGACAUCGACUGGGGUUAUCCCGAAAAUGACCAAGAGGCCAACGACUAUGUCCUUCUACUGAGGGAAUUGAGACAGGCUCUAGGGGAAUACAGCAAUGUCCAUGCGGGAGGGAAGAAAUUUCUGGUCACGGCUGCAUCCCCUGCUAACGGUAAGAGACUCAACGUCCUCCAUCUCAAGGAUAUGGACAAUUUUGCCUAUUCCUCCCGCCGAGCUAACGUUUUUGAUGACCCGUCCAUUCCAAACAGCACGCCCUUCAAAACCGACCAGACUAUUGUCCUCGGCAUGCCCUUGUACGGGCGAUCAUUUCCGUUCACCGGUGUCGGGAACGGAUCCUGGGAAGCAAGGGUCUCGGAUUACAAGGAUCUGCCGCGCCCGGGUGCCAAAGAAUAUGUGCUCGACCGUGCAGUUGCAAACUAUAGCUAUGACCUAACUGCCAGGACGGGCUCGGGCGGGGGGAUAUGGUGGGAGAGUAGCGGCGACAAAUCCGGCAACAGUAGCCUCAUAGCGACGCGAAGCGCAAAUGUCUUGGACUAUCCGAUUUCCCAGUAUUGGAACUUGGAAAACGGUAUGGCGUUACGAUAA